CACUCUCACCACAACCAGCCGCCGCCACCACAGCUCCUCCUCCAUUUGCAUCUCACUCAGCUCCAAGGAAGAAGCCGUCAGCCAUGUCCGGCCGCGGCAAGGGAGGGAAGGGGCUGGGCAAGGGAGGCGCCAAGCGCCACCGGAAGGUGCUGCGCGACAACAUCCAGGGCAUCACCAAGCCGGCCAUCCGGCGGCUGGCGCGGCGGGGCGGCGUGAAGCGCAUCUCGGGGCUCAUCUACGAGGAGACCCGCGGCGUGCUCAAGAUCUUCCUCGAGAACGUCAUCCGCGACGCCGUGACCUACACCGAGCACGCCCGACGCAAGACCGUCACCGCCAUGGACGUCGUCUACGCCCUCAAGCGCCAGGGACGCACCCUCUACGGAUUCGGCGGCUGACCUGCGCCCGCUGCUGCCCAAUCGAGUCGACCCUGCUAGCUGCUGCUGCUAUUCUCGUGCUAUGGUUUCGCUUCUGAAUUCAGAGUGUGUGAGUUGUUGCUCCGUCGGUCUGUAUAGUUAGUGGAAGGCAAUGGAUCUGAAUGCAAUCGAAAUUGUUGGUUUUUGCAAGAAAUGAAUCUGAAUGAAAUGGAGAUUGUACCGCA